AUGAAUCAAGUUCUGAAUUUUAAUGUGGGAUUACUUGGCCAUGUGGAUAGUGGAAAAACUUCACUAGCUAAAGCUCUGAGUACAACAGCUUCUACCGCAUCUUUCGAUAAAAAUCCACAAAGUCAAGAGCGUGGAAUUACCUUAGAUUUAGGAUUUUCUUCUUUCGCUGUUCCGAUUCCUAAACAUUUGGAAGGAAAAGGUUAUGAAACACUUCAAUUCACAUUAGUCGACUGCCCAGGACAUGCAUCUCUUAUUAAAACUGUUAUUGGAGGAGCCCAAAUUAUCGAUUUAAUGAUCUUGGUCAUAGAUAUUACUAAAGGAAUCCAGACACAGACAGCGGAGUGUUUAAUUAUUGGUGAAAUUACUUGCGAUAAAAUGCUAAUCGUUUUAAAUAAAAUCGACUUAUUGAAACCUGAGAGUAAGCUGCAGCAAAUCGAAAAGAUGUCAAAGAGACUGCGUAAAACACUACAAAAUACCAAAUUUGCUGAGGCCCCUAUGGUUAGCGUCGCUGCAGUACCUGGUGGAGCUGAGGUUGGUCAGAAUCAGAGUGAAGGCAUCCAAACAUUAAUUGAUUUUUUGAUGAAUCUUACUUAUAUCCCAACCCGCUCUGAAGAUGGAGAUUUUAUAUUUGCUGUCGAUCAUUGCUUCUCGAUUCGAGGCCAAGGAACUGUCAUGACCGGAACUGUCCUGUCUGGAAGUAUCGGAAUAAAUGAUACUAUUGAAAUUCCGGAACUAAAAAUCCAAAAGAAAGUUAAAUCUAUGCAAAUUUUUAAGAAAGCGGUUUCAAAAGCUAAACAGGGUGAUAGAGUUGGAAUAUGUGUGACUCAGUUUGAUCCUAAACAGCUAGAGAGAGGAUUGCUUUGUACACCAAAAUCCAUAGUAGCAAUUAAUGCUUGCGUUGUGGCUUUGCAACGGAUAAAAUAUUUUAAAAGUUCUUGUGAAUCGAAAUCAAAGAUACAUGUUACUGCUGGUCAUCAUACCAUUUUAGGACGAGCAACAUUUUUUUCAUUACCGAAAUCCUCUAGUGCUGAAACUGCUUUAGACAGGAUAAAUUUCGACUUCGAUCGAGAGUAUCUAUAUGAAAGUGAUCUACCAAGUAACGACUCCAGUGAUACUCCAGCAAAAAAUUAUUUUGCGCUAAUUGAAUUUGAAAAGGCAAUACAUGCUAAAACUUGUCGAUUAGCAUUUCAUGGCCAUUCCGUAUACGGAAUUACCGAGAAGGACUAUGAAGAAACCGUGCUGCCUCGCUUGAAGAUUUACAAGAAUAAAACUAGAGAAGGUGUUGUUGAGCGAGUAAUGGAUGAAUACACAGUAAUUGCCAAAUCAAUAUUUAAAAAGGAAACCAACAUACAAUUAUUUUCCAAUUUAAAAGUUACCUUAUCAACGGGUGAAACUGGAUUUAUAGAAGGAUCAUUUGGUCAGAGUGGAAAAGUAAAAUUGAGAUUUCCUGAUGGUCUAACACAGGAAUUACUAAAUUCUAUUGAAUUAAAGAAAGCUAAAUCCAAAUCUAAAGAAGGGGCAGAUACGAAAAUUAAAUCUGUGCUAGUCCAGUUGAAAUUUAAACGAUAUAUAUAUGAUAAAAAAAAGAAAAUGAUUCAAAAUUAA